GGGGAGGGGGCGAGAAGUUAGCGUCCCGCGGCUAACGUGCACCGAGCGCAGCGGUGGAGACGUAGGUGUCGCUUCCUGUCGCGGGCCCGCUCUGCGUGUGGUUUCAUUUUCCCUCCGGCACAGGAUGUCUGUCUGUGCUUCACCUGCGCCUGCCUGCCUGCGCUUCCCCGACGCCUGUCUGCGCACACAGCUCCCCAGCAGCCGGCAUGGCCUCCGACAGCAUGGAGGUCUCCUUCAGCCUUCAAGACGACAUCGCCCAGCUGCUGAAGCCCCAGAAGGGAUGGUUCAUGGUGCAGGUCCAUUUCAACCAGUCCAAAACCCGGGUAGAGAGCAGGGUUCUGGUGAUGACCAUGUGGAGAGCCUAUAUGUUCCACUGCAAGCAGCCAGUCAAGGUGGAAAGUUCUUUCAGUUACUUGGAGAUCUAUGCCAUCAGCAUCGGGAAUCUUGACCAGGUGGUGAUUGAGACAGACAGACAGACGUAUUGUCUCAGCCUGAUGUCGGUAGAGGACCUGGAGGCUGUGGUCAGUCAUGUGACUGCUUCACUCAAGAAGAUCUUUCCUGAUUCGUCCCCAGGGAAGCUCCUGAAGAAGAUCCCUCCUGAACUGCAGGACCGUCUGCGAGGCCUGACGACCAGCGUGGAGGAGAGUCUCAAUGGCACGCAGGGACCAUGCGGAGGCUUUUCAGAGACGUACGCCGCCCUGUGCGACUUUAAUGACUUCCCCUGCAGAGAGGAGCUCAAGUGGGAUGUGGACAAUAUUUACCACAUUCAAAACUGCCAGGAAUUCAAUCUCCUGGAUUUCAACCACCUGGACACUAGAGAUGUUUCAUUGGCUGUUGCUGCUCUGUCCUUCAACCACUGGUUCACUAAAAUCAGCAGCAAGGAUUACAGACUGAGUCCUGAGGUGCAGGAGCAGGUCCUCUACAUGAUAAACAGAUCCCCUAAGCUGGAGGACGUGUCUCUGGAGAACAGCGGGCUCAGAGCGGACUUUGCUGUGAAGAUGGCCUGUGCCCUCCGGGACCACCCCUGCUCUGCUGUGCACAUCAUCAAUCUGUCAGCCAAUCAGAUAGACGACAAAGGUGUGAUUGCCCUUAGUCAGCAGCUGGAGAAGCUACCCAAUGGCCUCACUGAGCUAAGUCUCUCCAGAGUAUCCCUCUCCCCCAAAGGUGUGAGCACCCUGGCUCAGGCCUUUUCACAUAACAAGGUGUUCUCCAGCUCCCUGCAGCACCUCGACCUGUCGGCCAAUGUGGGGAGCCUGGCCACUGGGGAGGCCACGAACCUGCUUAACUUCCUGUCCACUGAGAAUGCUGUCUCUCACCUCAACCUGAGCGGAACAGACUGUCCUUUGGAUGCUCUGUUUGUGUCGCUGUCUUCAGGGUGCUGCUCCAAGCUGUCCUACCUCAACCUGUCCAGAAACUGCUUCUCCUACAGGACGGUGAGGGAGGUGACGCGCAGUGUGAAGAACUUCUUCAGCAAAAGCACCAAGCUGAGAUACGUGGGGCUGGCUGGCACCAGACUUCCUGCGGCCGCACUGAGGUUGCUGCUGCAGGGUCUAGCAACCAACACUGUUCUAUCAGGACUGGAGCUGGACCUAAGCAGCUGUGAGCUCAGGUCUGCAGGUGCACAAGUGAUCCAGGAGCACAUCUUUGAAGCCAAAGCCAUCAGCAGCCUGGACCUGUCAGACAAUGGUCUAGAAAGUGACAUGGUCACGCUUGUGCUCUCCAUUGGACGCAGCCACUCCAUCCGACACCUGGCACUGGGACGCAACUUCGCCAUGAAGUCCAGAGCUCUGACUGAUGUCCUGCAUCGUAUUGUCCAACUUAUUCAGGAGGAAGAGUGUCCUCUGGAGUCCCUGUCGGUGAGUGACUCCAAGCUGAAGACGGGCAUCGCCACCCUGAUCAACAGCCUGGGGAGCAUCACUAAGAUCGACAUCAGCGGAAACUGCAUCGGAGACACGGGCGCCAAGAUUCUGGCCAAGGCCCUGCUCACCAACACUAAGCUCCGGACCCUGGUCUGGGACAGGAACAAUGUGACGGCCAGUGGCUUCCUGGACGUGGCCAGUGCUCUGGAGAAGAACUCCACACUGCAACACAUGCCCAUUCCCAUGAGUGACACUCUGCAGUCGUAUCGCAGCAGCCCAGAGAGGACCGAGGAGGCCCUGCAGAGGAUCCAGGCCAGUCUGCUGAGGAACAGCCAGGGCGGGGCAGGGGGCUGUGAGCAGGUGCUGCGUCUCCAACAAGAGAUGAGGACCCGCUGCUCUGACAAGGUGCAGCAGAUGUGUCAGAAGGUGCAGAAGACCGUCCGGCCGCUGAUGAACUGCAGCGUGCAGGAAGUGCAGAGUGACAUCAUGGCUGCAGAGGAAGUGCUGCACAACGCCAGGGUGUCCAUAGGCAUGCUGCCUACUCUGUACAAUCUGGGAAGGGCACCCUCUAGUGAGAACAUGCUGCAGCACAUCUUUAACGACACUGCCCACGCAGUGACCACUGAGAUCACUACGGAGAUCCAGGAGCUGGUUCAGUCCAUGCUCCAGUCUGUGCAGGCUGUCAGCCCCAGGGUCAUCCAGAGGUCGAGCAUCAGUGAGAAGCUGACCAACUACGUGGCCAGGAAGUCCCGGCAGGCGGCUCAUUUUGUGCAGGAGACACUGGAGCAGCAGGCCAGGGAGCUGAUCAGGAACAAGCUCAGAGAGCUGAAAUUGUCUGUGAGUGUUUGCAUGGCGGAGAGCAUUGUCGAUCAGAUUCUACAAGACUUGUCUGCAUCUCAGCAGAAACUGGACCGGCACGUGAGAGACCACACCCAGCCCCUCUCUGGCUCCGCCCCCAGAACCAACAUCCCCCAGCUGAGAGUGGUAGAGGAGGAGUUUCCCACAGAUGAGUAUGUUCCAGUAAUUUGGCGAAGCAGCUUUCACAGCAGGAGCAUCCGCCCCGCCCCGUCUGUGAAAAGUCUGCUGGAUGUGGACUCAGAUCUCCAGCAGGCUAGCGACAGCAGGCAGCAGCAGCAGCGGGUGGAGAGCGAGGGGGAGGAGAGGGGGGUAGGGGGGGCGGAGCCAGCGCCCUCGUCCCUGUCAGUCAGAGCGGCGGGGCGGGCCCGGCGCGGCCCCUCCCGCUCGGAGCAGGAGGAGGAAGAGGAUGCUGCCGCUCUCUUCGGCAGCAGCAGCAGUCAGACCCGGCGCUCACAGCCCACACCGCAUCGGCCCCCUAUGGACCUGCCCGUGCAGGAGCAGAGACUGAGGCACUACACCCAGACCCGGCCCCGGCCGAACCGCAGGCACCGGCAGCCGCCCAGCAAGCCGCAGGAGCAGGCAGCUGAGAGCGAGAAUGACCAGAAUGAGACGAUGGGGAGAGUGGAUGAGGGAGUAGAGGAGUUUUUUACAAAGAAGAUCAUCCCUGACAACCCCCUUAAGAGUCAGAGGGCGGAGCUCCCAGUAAAAGCACAGCCCGUCGAGCCUGCCAGCUCGGCGCCCCCUACUGGCCCCUCCAAAAACAUCAAGAAGAAGUUUGGGGACCUCUUCGGCUUCAGGAAGAUCCGUGCGGCCCGGGGGUCGAAGGGCGAGGGGGGGCAGGAGGGGAAGGCCAAAAAGACUUCGAUCGCGGAUCUAAUCCGGCCGCUGAAGGAGGCGGCCAGGGCGGAGAAAGAGAAGGAGAAGGAGAAGGAGAGAGAGCGGGAGAGAGAGAGGGAGAAGGAGAGGGGCAGAGAGAAGGCGGCUGAGGAAAAUGCCGCCAAGGGAGCCGCCAUCGCCGCGGCGGAAACGCGAGCCCUCCCGGUCACCGUCCCCGCCCCCGCUCCCACCCCCGCCCCCGCCCUGACCCCAAGCCCCACCCCCACCCCCACACCCAUCACGCCCGUGUCACCGCCCGCCACGCCCACGCCACCCCCCGGCCCCGGCCCCGGCCCCGGCCCCGUUCCCGUUCCCGUGCCGGAACGGGAGAAGAGCAGGACGCUGGAGAAGAGCCGCACGCCGGACGGAGAGAGGAAGCUGAAAGCGUCCCGUCGCUCUCUGAGGGAGGGCAAGUCCCAGUCCCUCAUCCUGCUCACGGGCCUCGAACCCGACGACGCAGGCGCCCGCAGCAAGAAACACCUGAGUGAGAAAGGCUCGUCCAAUGAGGGCCCGUCCAGCUUCGAGCAGCGCGUCCACGUCAUGCUGCACCGCAUGGGCGUCACCAAGACCCUGCCGUCCGACUCCAGGAGGGGCCAGAACAAGGAGGGAGAGCUGAGGAAAGCAGACUCUGAAGGGACGAUCAUUGACAGUAAACCUGAACCCCCGCCCACCUUCAUGAAACCUCGCACAAUGUCCACUUCGUCAGACAUGAGGCGGCCGGUGCGGGUGGGCGUGUCCUCCUUGGAGCCCCGCCGAGCCUCAGGGACGGGCGAUAGGCCGCCCCUCCCGGAACGCCCCGGGCCCCUCCCCCCGAAACCUGCCAUCAAACCCCCGCUCCCGGUGCCCGAGACCCCCUCCGCCGCGCCUCCCAGAACAUCCCCCGUCCAGCCCAGCACCUCCCCGUCCCGUGAGGACCAACCCCCGGAGCCCGACGCCCCCCAGCUCCCGCCCAGGGACCCGCCCACCCCCUCCCCCCGGAGGGAGAUGCCCCCGGCACCGUCUCCACGCAGGGGGGUCAACCUGACAGAGCGGGCGGAGAAAGCACAGUCCGUCACUGAAGAAACCCUCCCGAAACCACGGCCCCGCAUGAAGCCCUCGCCCCAGCGACGCGCCGUGUCCGUCCACGAGGAGACUCUCCGUGAGCACGGCGCCCUGCUGGACCCCGAGGAGCUGAAGGCGGCGUUGCCACGGCUACAGAGGUCCCCAGUGCGGAAACGGGCCAACCUGGGGGAGCUGCCGCCCUGCAGCGAAGACCAGCCGGAGGGAGAGGGGGCCUCAGCAGGUGAAAGGAAAAGGGACACAAACCUGAACAGCCAGGAGACGGACGUGGUGGCGGAGAAGGAGCAGCAGCCGGGCUUAAGCCCGCUGGGGGCCGGACCGGAAGACGCCACGGAGGAGGAGGAGGAGGGGGAGGGGGGCGAAACGGUCUCACAGCAGCACAUGCCACAGGGAGGAGCAGAACCAUCAGACCAAAGAACUGAUCCCCCCUCUCUCAGAAACACAUGAACUGACCCGGAGCAGAGUCUAUUUUCUACCAUGUUUUCCCCCUUUGCAUUGCACGCCAGACUAUGUACAAAAAAAAAGAAAAAAGAAUAAUGACAAACAAAUCUUAAAAAAAAGAGAUGAAACGGUACCUAUACUUGUUAAAUAUUAUUAAAAAAUGAAUUCAGAUGCGUUAUGAAGA